UUUUCUCUUUCGUGUUGAAAACGUUCCUGUCCGCUGCGCCGCGCACCUUCUGACGCCAGUGAUCGAUAGAGAGAAAACAAACAAAACAAGAAAGAAAGAAAGAAAAAAAAACACCUCUGACUGUUUGUUUAGCGCUUCAAGUGGCACGCGUCUGGCGCGCGUAACGCACCGGUACCGGGGCAGGAGCCCAAGGUGAAUCCACGCGACCAGUGGGCGUGGCCAGUCCCCCCACCAGACGCAUUGAAAAGCAGUGGCGUCUCUCCUCGAGGACUCAGUGCAGCUUUGAGGAGCGCGCGAGGCAGCGGCCGAGCGGACUGCCCCCAUUCAAACGAGCGGCCACACCACGUGAACGGCACGAGCGGGACACGCACCCACUGGAGACUCCUUUAUAAGUUUGUGUUUUUUUGUUUUUUUUUUUUUUACUUCGGGCAUGGACCUCACAGCCAAAAUGGAAAUUAACAUCUGCCACCAGCAGCAGCUGAUGCCGCCCGCGUGUUUCUUCUCCGCGGCGGCGGCGGCGCAGAGCAUCCAGCUGAGCCCGAGCGGCAGCAGCCAGGGCGGCGGGAAGUCCGCGUCCAAGCAGCCCAAGAGGCAGCGCUCCUCCUCCCCGGAGCUGCUGCGGUGCAAGCGGCGGCUGAACUUCGCGAGCUUCGGCUACACCCUGCCGCAGCAGCAGCCGCACGCGGUGGCCCGCAGGAACGAGAGGGAGCGCAACCGGGUGAAGCUGGUCAACAACGGCUUCGCCACCCUGCGGGAGCACGUCCCCAACGGCGCCGCCAACAAGAAGAUGAGCAAAGUGGAGACGCUGCGCUCCGCGGUGGAGUACAUCCGCGCGCUGCAGCAGCUGCUGGACGAGCACGACGCGGUGAGUGCGGCGUUUCAGUCCGGCGUCCUGUCGCCCACCAUGUCGCAGGGAUACUCCGCUGACAUGAACUCCAUGGCAGGUUCGCCCGUGUCCUCCUACUCAUCCGACGAGGGCUCCUACGACCCCCUCAGCCCAGAGGAGCAGGAGCUGCUCGACUUCACCAACUGGUUCUGAGCAUCUGUACACGUGAAAUAUGGAUCAGCUCAGUUUAUUGUUGUCCUGCGCUUGGGAUGGUCCCGGAGGAGGUGUCCUGGGUGUCCUCAAGAACACGAUGCACUGUACACGCGUUUCGGUCCCGCGUCCUCCGCGCCCGGUUCCUCCCAGACACGGACAGACACGGCCUUAACGUCCUGACAACUCGGGGGGAAAUCAGGGCCAGAGAUCAGCGCCAAAGGAUUAAAGGAAGACGGGUCUCCUGACAGCGUGGGAAUCCCAGCUUCUGUGCAUUUGCCCAUGAUAAACAAACAAACAAACAAAAACAAAAAAACUAAAGUGAAUUCAUGCUCUUCAGAAAAAACAGAGAAAACAUUAUUUAAUACGUCGCUCUUCAACUAUGCCAAUCCAAUCACACAACACCAACCCUUUGGUAAAACCUCUCAGACGAUGAGUUCAGAAAAAAAUGCUUCCAAGUCGCGGAUUUAUUCUAUUAAAUUCUAUAUCAAACGCUUUUUUGAAAUAUAUUAAGAUAUUUUUGUAUGUAAGAGAUUUAUAGAUGUUUUGUACACAUCCUUUUUUUUUGUAUAUAUUUUGUCUAUAUAUUGCGAAGUCGCUUCUAUACCUCCUGCCUACGUAGACGUGUAGUCUAUUACUCUCUGGCUCUUCUUGUUCAUGAGGUUUCCAGACGGAGUUUGACACUCCGACGUUUUAUCCUAGCACCAACGUGUCUUAUUUAAUAGCAAGAAACAUGUUAUUGCAUUAUGUCAUGUCACAAUGAUCAAAACUUAUGCAGCUAUUGUCCAAACGGGGUGCGAUAGCCAUGCAUCGUCUCUUUAUACUGCCAGCUCUAUAUCCUGUUCACAGAUGUUGAAAGAUGUCUUAUAACCAUAUUUUCUACACUCUAGUCCAAGAAUAAAAUGAGAUGCUACUGAA